CCGCCCGACUUUUCAUAAUGGCACGUAACAGUCCAGAAGAUGAGUUUUCCGUCAAUGUCUUUCCAGUUCCUCCAUAUACAAACAGCCAACCUGAAGCGUGGUCCUCUACUAGAAAUAAAGCCGGGCCAACUUUACUGUUUUCUGGAAUUUUUAUUGGAAUGGUUGGUAUCACUCUAACUUUAUUCGGAUGGAUUCGAUCUGAUGGGACCAGAGGGUUUCGAUGGACUCAUCUUUUGGGUCCUAUUAUGAUCAUAGUUUCUUUGACCUUUAUAUUGAUUUCUGCAUGUAAAUUUAAGAUGCUUUCUUGUAAGAGAAGGAACAAUACAGCUACUGAACCAGAACCAUCUACUGCUGGACAGUCCUUUGUCUUCAACGGAAUAAAUCAGCCAAUAACUUUCCAUGGAGCCACUGUGGUACAGUAUAUUCCUCCCCCCUACACUGUGUAUGAUCCUAUAGAGAGCAGCCCAAGUGCGUCAACGCUUUCCCCAAGUAAUAGUAGUGCUGGAAUGGUUAACAGGGUAGCACCACCAAUACUUCCCCCUCAGUAUAGUAGUAUCUACCCACUGGAAAAUCCAGCCUUCGUAGAAGAUGAAGAAGCUUUGCCACCUCCAGCCCAUGAGAGAUCCCCUGUCUCCAGUCAGCAUCAUGAAAUCCACAGUGAACUACCACCGUUAUAUGACGACUUGUAUCCUGGCCUGAACAGUGUUGUCCAUAAUGCGAGUCCUUCUUCAUAACUCGGCUGAAUGUAUCUCUUCCUAAUUUAAAUUUGCACACGGAGUGAAACACCUGGGAAAUAUACUGGACGUGUCUGUCCACCGCGACCUGUGACUGCUGUAAAUGAUGUCUUCUCCAGUGGAAGGUCCAGCAUCCAUUUUUCAAGACCACUGUAUGAAGUGAACUCUAGGGCAAUAAAGACUUCUUUUUUCCUCCAUGCAGCUUCAUAAAUCCCCCAGUGAACCGGAAGAAGAGUUCAGUGCAUGUCAUUAUGUGGUAUUUUACAAGAUGAAGUUUACAUUAAGUGACUGGUGUUGCUUGUGCAGCGCAGUCUGUGAUAUAAUUGCUGCUUUCACUAUGUCUUUGCUGUACGUAUGCAUUUCAGUACUGUCCGUCAUAGACAUGAGAUACCUGACCUGCUGACCGUCCCCUGACAUCUUCCGUCAAAGGAAACAUGGAGCAGACAGGUUAGGCUUUUACCUGUGUGAUGUCCUGCAACCAGGUGCGGACUGGGAACUUAAAGUGGCCCCGGAAAAAACUAAAAGUGGCCUCAUGUUGUAGGAGGGUCCAAAUUGACAGAAGGCAGGGCUAACACAAGUAGGCGGAAUUUUCUGAAAAAUCUGAUAAUCGCUCUGUAAUGAAGUGGUCAAAUGAUUAAUAACAUGGAGAACCACUUACAGUAUAAUUUUUAGUGCUCAUCUACAUCUAUUACUGUCAUUGCAAGAGAAUCCCCAAUUUCUCAGCAGCUGACCCAAAAGCAGAAUGUAGACUUCCAUAAACUGGAUGUUUCCCUAGACACAUGAAUUUACACUGGUGUAUUUUAUUCACUGAAAGAAUGCCAGAGAGAUUGCUCGCCUUUUUUCUAUAAAGCAUGUUUUUUUUUUAUAGCUUUGCUUUAACAGCAUAUUUUUUUUUUAAACCCCACCAUAUUGACAAAAAUGGCAGUAGCCUAAAAACGCUUGUGUCUCCUGUAUUUCAGAUUUCCCAUAGGCUUUCAGCUA